GGAACUUACCUGAAACGUUUGCUUAUUCACCCAGAAGUCUCCAUUUCCACAAGUGGUAAGCACAAUUGAAGGAAGCCAUAUCCUAUUAAAAACAGUACCCGUGAACGAACAAAUAGAAUACUUCAAUUGCAAGCAGGAUUAUUCUAUUGUGGUCCAAGCUGUUGCCAAUGCGUCCUUUAAAUUUCUUGAUGUAAGUACAGGCUUUCCUGGCAGCAUACAUUAUGCCCACGUUCUCCAAUUGAGCAAACUGCAUAGAGGUCAGUCGAGGUAACUGGCUAAAUGGGCCUUCUAAACAAAUUGGGGCCUGUGAAGUGGGACCUUUGCUUGUUGGGGACUCAGCUUAUCCCUUAUCAAAGUGGUUAAUGAACCCUUUCAAGCAAACUCAUACAUUAACUGAUGUCUCUACAAAGCAAUGGAGAAAAAGACAAGUAGCCUCCCCCUCACAAUCUUGGCUUGUUGUGUCCUUCACAACAUCUGUAUUAUUGUUGGAGACCCAAGCACUAUAGACCCAGUUGAGGACGACCAUGAGGAUGAAGAUUCUUUUAAUGGGGGUAUGCAGCUUGGUGCUUCAGACAUUAGAGAUAAUAUAAUACAAUAUCUAUCAUAGCCCAAAACAAAAAUGGAAGUACUUUUUUAUUGUUACUUUCAAAAGUACACCUUCUUGCUAGGAAUCUCUAAGGCUAAAAAUUUGUUGCGUUUUCCACUUCUUUGUAAAUAUGUAUUUGUCAAAAACUGUUACUGUUACCUUUCCAAUGUAAAAAUAGACUAUUUUUUGCUGGUACAUUUACCCGAUUAAUUGUUUUCUCUUUCGUGUCAAUCUCUUGUAUUGUGAAAGAAACCGUUUUGCCCUAAAAUUAAUUAACAAAUUUAUUUGCUUUGCUAUUAUUCAAUUAUUUGAAAUCCGUGCUUAUAAAUUAGGGCUACUCUUCCCAUCAUUUUCUGAAGAAUCAAAGGAGACUCUGCUUGCUGGGAAAUAAACUCAUUUAAUUUAAAAUAUAAUUCCUUUCAUGAAAAUAUCCUUAUAUAAAGCAACGUCCAGAUUGUCACUUCCUUUUAGUGAUGUUUAUAAUAAUCACAGUCAAUGAACAGAAACGAAUGAAAUGCAGGAGGAAAAUGAAUAAAAGACUAUAACUAUUUAUUCUUUUCCUUUGGUGACAUCCUUUGGAAUAUUUCCUAA